UACUCAUCCACCUGAGCAUCCUCAUCUCUGACACACUUAACUUAGUAUUAUGCUUAUAUUUUAAAGGCCAACAUUCGGCACCAUAAAGCAUAUUUAAUGAUGAUUGUUCUAAGUAAUGUAUAUAGUAUUUUCAUCAUAAUUAGUCAAUAAUUUUUGCAUUGUAAAGGCAUAUUCUUAGUGAAUACUAUUAUUUAAGGACUAUUGUUAAUAAAUAUAGUUUUAUCUUUUCAUCUUGGUUCUAAUCUACCCCCAAACCUUAGAUUGAUGUACAACUUACUUUUUUUAUCAUGUUGAACUAACAACUAGUGUAAGACAUCACAUUCGACUAACAAUUGGUAUAUGUGAGUCUGGGGAGAGUUUUAAAGAGUUAGGUUAUGACUGAUGAGAUAAAUUUUUAGAAGAUAAAUUGAAUUUUAGAUAAGAUAUUGUCCAGAGAUUAGCCCUUAUUUUAUGAGGAUUUAGUGAUCUGAGGUUUGAUUUUUUCAUAGGGGGUUAAUUAACCCCUUCGAUAAUAAGAAAGAACUUUUAAUUAAUUAGAUAGGCAAUGAGUUCCAAGUAUAUAGUAGUACCAGUUUUAAAAUUUUGAAAUUAUUUUUUUUAGGAAUUUUAGAAUUUGAAAUUUGUCACUAUAUACUUAAAACGAGUGACGGGGGAAUGAUGAUGGGCCCGAUCAAGGUCUUAUGAUUCUAUCGUCUUUGAUUGUCAUGGCCCCUGGUCCACUUAGUCAGUGAACAAUCCAAUUUGAUCGAAAGAUUCUUCUUGGUACCUAUAGGUUGCUUCGUCCAAAGGGACCUUGUAGAUUUUUGGUGAAUAUUUGUUUAAGGGAUAUAUUUGAGUUAGCCUUUGUCCUAUCUAUUAUAUCAUAUAAUUCAUUAUUCAAGUGUUUAGAGCUAAGGCAAUAUAUAGGCUCUAGAUGUGAUUGUAAUUAUGGAGAAGACCUUGACCAAAUUUAGAGUGUUCCAUCAGACGACCCAUAUUGAAUUUUAUGAUCAUGGAGCAUUUGUCAAUCAUUUAUGUAUAUUAAUAUGUCAAAAUUAAGCGAUAUUGAGCUCGUUGGUUUUGUUUCGUUGAGCCCCUCGAUUUGACUGUAAGCAUGCUAUACUUGAAAAUUAUUUGGUCACUCAAUUAAUAUUAUGAAGCUUUCAAAUGUGUGUUGCCAUUAAUUUGGGCUCGGAUUUAACUAAUUUUAGUAUCAUUGGAUUCAUUUCGUUGAGAUGUUCAUUUUGACUAUAAGUUUGCCAAGAUUGGAACUUGGAUGGUUCAAAAUUGAAUUUCAGAUAUCAUUAAUUUGAAUAUACCUCAAAAUUCAUGUCUAACCAGGAUGAUUCUUGAUAGUGUAUAUCUCUUAAAUAUUUAUAUACCAUAAGACGCAAUUAGAGGCCGAAUUUCCAAAUCGAAACCACCGUUCGCAAAUCCCUGUACAAAAUCUUAGAAGCUUGAAUGCCGGCGUUGAUCCGAUGCUUAAUUAUAAGGCUCAAUUAAUCAGAUCUAAAAGCACUACGCCAGAUCGGUAAAAUUAAUCCACCGAUGGCCGAAGAAACCCUAACCAAUUCCAUGGUCCCCGCCCUCUCCGUCGCCGGAAAAAUCCCUUUCCGCUCCAAAAAGGUCCGCAAAUCCUCCACCACCUCCACGACAGCCGCGGAAACAUCGAAGAAACCCCGUCUCAUCCUUCCACUUGCUCUCUCCAUCGCCGGCGAGCUCGAUUCCGCCCUCCGCCAUCUCACCACCGUCGACUCCCAGCUCGCCGUCAUCAUCAAAUCCCUAGAGCCCCCCUCUUUUCACAAUCUCAGCACCCCCUUCCUUUCUCUUUCCCGCAGCAUCCUAUACCAGCAGCUCGCCACAAAGGCCGCCGCAAGCAUCUACGCCCGCUUUAUCUCCCUCUGCGGCGGCGAAGAUUCCGUCGCCCCCGAGGUCGUUCUCAGUCUCACCCCGCCGCAGCUCCGUCAAGUUGGUGUCUCCUCUCGCAAGGCAUCGUACCUUCAUGACCUCGCUAGCAAAUACCAAUCAGGAUUUCUCUCUGAUUCCGCCAUUGUCGCUAUGGACGAUGACGCUCUUUUUUCCAAGCUUACGACGGUGAAGGGAAUCGGGCCUUGGUCUGUUCACAUGUUCAUGAUCUUCUCACUUCAUCGUCCGGACGUGCUACCCGUGGGCGAUCUUGGCGUUCGCAAAGGUGUGCAGAUUCUUCUUGGCUUGAAGAAGAUUCCUCAGCCGACGGAGAUGGAGGAGCUCUGCAAGGCUUGGAGACCGUAUCGAUCGGCUGCGGCCUGGUACAUGUGGCGGCUUGUUGAGUCCAAUGGGAAGGCUGCGAAGGCAUCGAUUUGAAACGCUGUAGGUUUGGUGGAUUUGCUGAAUCUCUGUUUGAGCUACAGCAGCCUAAUUAAUGAGAUUUCUUGGGUGAGAAUUGUUUGCCAUUCUAGUAUCAACUCAAUCAGUGCUGUAAGCUUAUUUGAACUCCACUGCUGUUUGAACUAUCGUCCAUUAUCUUUUAAAUAUAUACUCCCUUAUAAG